CAUGCGUUCAUGUCUCCUAUCCUAUUUAUAUAAUCCAAAGCAAACAAGCUAGUAAGUGAAACUAUAAUCCUCACACAACCAACAGUCCCUACUCACACACUUCUCGUGUGCUCUGACGAACUCUCCGACCAAUAUCCGGCGAACAUUCCGAUCAACGACCAGAGAAAGUCGAAGCCAAUUCAAUUGCAUCCGACAUGAUGCGAAGAGGAUGACGAGCGCUCGCCGGUGCUCAAUUUGCCAUGUCACUCAACUGCCCCGACCUUCUCUGCUGCGAGUCCUCCAGCACCGUAUUCUCCGGCAACAGGGAGGAUUACUCGCUGGAAUACUCAUCGGACCUCGAAUCUCCGCCGCCGGACGGCGAGGAAUCCAUCGCCGGACUCCUGGAAGACGAGAGAGAUCCGGCUCGAAUUAGCUUCAAUUUCAAUAGCCAAUCGAUCAAUGCUUCCGCUAGAUCGGAAUCUGUUGUUUGGAUCCUCAAGGUGCAAAGAUUUUUCGGUUUUCAGCCGUUAACAGCGUAUCUCGCCGUCAACUAUUUCGAUCGAUUUAUCUUCUCUCAUCACACGCCGAAAAUGUGCGGAUGGGCCUUGCAACUAUUGUCCAUUGCAUGCUUGUCAUUAGCUGCUAAGAUGGAGGAACCAUUGGUCCCUUCUCUUUUGGAUCUUCAGGUCGAAGGUGCAAAUUUUAUUUUCGAACCGAGGACCGUCCAAAGAAUGGAACUUCAUGUCUUGAGGCUAUUAGAUUGGAGACUUAGAUCCAUUUCACCUUUUUGCUACCUUCGAUUUUUGGCUCUAAAGAUCGAUCCAACUGGGACGUAUACUGAAUUUCUUAUAACAAGGGCGAAUGAAAUUAUCCUCUCGACUAUUAAAGAAAAAAAUGUCUUCGAGUAUAGGCCAUCUUGCAUUGCAACUACAGCAAUACUUUGUGCAGCAAACGAUACACCGAAAUUCUCAUACAUUACUGCUCAACAUGCCGAAUCAUGGUUUGAUGGACUCCACAAAGUAAGAAAAAAAAUAAUGAACUAGAUAAUUGGCAAAAACUAUUGAAGUAUUAUUUAAAAAAAAAAAAAA